AUGAUAAUUUUUAUUUUAAUAAUAAUAUUUUUUGAAAUUUCACAUAUUUUUACAGUGAGUAAUAUAUCAUUAAUUAGCAAUCAUGAAAUAGAAAGAAAAAAAAGAGCUAUGUUAACAAGUAUGUCAAAUAUAUGGAGUGAAAGAGAAAUACUAUAUUAUGUUAGUCCUGAAAUAGAUCAUAUUUUGGUUAAAAUGGCAGUUUCUAGAAUAAAAAAAGAGACAUGUUUUAUAUUUCAGCGUCAAAUGAGUUUAAGAGAAUCUUUAUUUGCUUAUUUACCUGGUACACAUUAUCAUACAAAUUUAGGUAAAAGACUUGAGAUUCCUCAUAAAAUUUAUAUUCCUCCAAAUUCACAACAUAUUGGAAAAAUUAUUCGAGAAACGAUGAGAGCAUUAGGUGCUGAGUAUGAACAUAAAAGAUUUGAUAGAAAUAGAUAUGUUGUUGUAACAAAAGAUAAUGCAGAAUUUUCAUUUAGAAGAUAUUUUUCUAAAAUAAAUUCAAUUUUAACAACUACAUAUGGUACAGAAUAUGACUAUAGAUCAAUUAUGCAUUUUGCACCCUAUGAAUAUGCAAGAAGUUUUGGUAAAGUUAUAAGUGCCAAGGAUUAUUUAUUUCAACCAUUUUUGGGUCAAUCUAGAUAUCUAACUUUUAAUGAUGCUAAAAUUUUAAAUAAAAGAUACUGUUCACAUCCACAAAUAAGGCAUCCUCAAUGUUUAUAUUAUGGAUAUCAACAUCCAAGAUAUCCAUUUAUGUGUAAAUGUUUACCAUUUACUUCAGGACAACGAUGUGAAAUAAUGACACCAAAUAGUCCUCAAUGUACACAGCCCUCUAGAUAUUUUGCAACACGUCGAUCAUCCAACGUUACUCUUCAAGUUGGAGGAAAAUGUUUUUAUAUGUUUGAAGUUGGUCCAGAUAAAAAAAUGAAAAUAAAAAUAAAAUUUAAAUUUAUUAGAUAUCCUAAUUCAGUAAAAUGUACUGAAGAUAAUAGUAUAGAAGUAAAAAUUAAAUGUAAUUUAUCUACUAGUGGCCUUUUAUUUUGUCCCAGUAUGAGGGAAUUAAUUUUUGUUUCAAGAUGUAACUUUGUUGCAAUUGUAUCAAGUUUUCCAAAUUCAAAUAUUUAUAUAAAUGUAGAAUAUUUAAAUUUUAUAGAGUAA